UAAAAUUUCAAACAAAUACUAAGCAUGGAGAAUUACGAGAAAAUUAAGAAAAUAGGGCAAGGCACAUUUGGAAAUGUGUGGAAGGUCAGAAGGAAAUCAGACAGUAAAGAAGUGGUCUGGAAAGAGCUUGACUAUGGCAACAUGAGUGAUAAAGAGAAGAAACAGCUAGUCUCUGAAGUUAACAUCCUCAGAGACCUCAAGCAUCCCAAUAUAGUCAGAUAUUACGACAGAAUUAUUGAUAAAGAAAACACAAAGAUAUUUAUUAUAAUGGAAUACUGAAAGGGAGGAGACAUCUCACAUCUUAUCAAACGUUGAAUCGAAGGAGGCCAACAUAUCCCAGAAGAUCAGAUUUGGAAGAUCUUCACUCAGAUUAUUGAAGCUUUGUAUGAGUGCCAUAAUCGUAAAUCUGGGAAAAUUCUACACAGAGAUAUCAAGCCAGGAAAUCUCUUUCUUGAUACUGAAAAUAAUGUAAAGCUCGGAGACUUUGGAUUAGCUAGAAUCAUGGGAAAAGAGAGUCUGUAUGCUUAUACUAAUGUUGGGACACCUUAUUAUAUGAGUCCCGAACAGAUCAAUGAGAACAAAUAUAAUGAAAAGUCUGACAUAUGGUCAACAGGUUGAAUUUUAUAUGAAAUUGCUUCCUUAAAGCCUCCUUUUGAAGCCUCUACCCAGAUGGCUCUAGCUAAGAAAAUAAAUGAGGGAAAAUACAAUAGGUUACCUGUAAUUUAUUCUGAAGAAUUAUGGAGGGUGAUCAACCUGAUGAUGAACUCUGACCAGGAGAAAAGACCUUCAGUCCAAGACUUAGUCAACUUUCCUCAGGUCUCUCUGAGGCUUAGGGAGAAGCGCAUGAAAGAUCACUACUCUAAGCUGAAGAAGAGAGAGGAAGAACUCAAGAAGAAGGAGGCCAAAUACCUAGAACAAGAUAAUGAGAUUUUAAAUUUAAAAGAAAAGUUAAAAUUAAAAGACCAAGAAAUAGAAGACAAAGACAGGAUAAUAGAAGAACUAAUGGAAAAACUUGCUGGAAGCCAAAGAUCAUACGAGACUUCUAUUGAGACACCAAAGAUACUUGGAGAGAGGAAAUCUAGCUUGAGAGAUGGAAAUUCGAGGGUCCAAGAUUCUUCAUCAGGAUACUCAAGUUUGAAACAGGAGAUUCAAGAAUUGACCAGUAAACUUAGCUAUGAGACAAGCAUUCCCACAAGACUGAAAAAACAAGCCUCUUGACUUAGUAAAUAAGACCGACGAGCUAUCUGUCAAUACUUCUUGUGAGCGUGAAGCGAGAAGAGGAGUCACAGCCAAGCAUAAUUUAGGGUACAAAUCAUGUGAGAGAAAAAGAAGGACUUAUGAUACAAAAAUUAGCUCCCAUAAACCAUAUAACUACAAAGCAAGCUCUCGCCCAAGGCUCGCUGAUGGACUUGGCAAAGAAAAUGUGUCUCAAAACAGGUUGAACCAAAAGAAUUCUUGUGACCGAGGAAGUUUUACAAGGGAAGAAUAUACGACUCCUCCUUUUAAAUCAUAUAAAUCAAAAAUUUCAAAUAAUGAACAUGAAAGAGUGCGUACUACAUCUUAUAGGCCUCGUGCUGGAAUCUAUCCUACAGGCAAUACAAAACACAAAGGAUACAAGCAUGGCGAUGGAGGUAGCACUACUUACACCACAUCAAGGGAUGGUCAGUCUAAUGCUCUGAUUUUAAGAAGGGAGCUUAGUAAUAACUAA